AUGACGAAGAGAGCAGAUAAGCCGGAGAAAUAUAUCAUAUAUCAAACUAUUAUUAUAACUGUGGCGAAACUUCUCACCGUUCCAAUUGUUGUCUUCAUUUUUCUUAUUUUUCUCAAUGAUAAUUCCGAAAACAAAGAGUUUUUCAUUCUGUUGACAUCGUUCAUGGUCAUUUUAGAGGAUAUUAUCGUCACAGCACUUAUCAUCCAAUUAUCAUAUAUCUGCGGAUCGCAAUCCAACUUGAAACGCGUCUUAUCGAUGAAGAUUGCCGACGUUCGAUCUGCUGUAUCGAAAAAUUACAUCGAAUCCGUUCAAUUGUCCUACGAUCAUCAGUUGGCAAAACCCAGUUAA